AGGGCGAAAUGCGUCGCUUCGAACGUAUUUAUGAUGUCGUUGAACCUGUCGAGGAGUACCGCGCCGGAGGCUAUCACCCGGUUCACCUGGAUGACACUUUUCACCAGAGGUAUCAAGUUGUUGGAAAAUGGGCAUUUGGCCAGUUCUCUACAGUUUGGCUUGCCAAAGACACAAGACUUCAAAGAUAUGUGACGCUAAAGAUUCUUAAAGCCGAUGUUUCAAGUUGUAGUCAAGAGCUUUGCAUUCUCCUUCAUCUAUCAAAAACGAAUACGAAUUCUCCGGGCCGAAAUAAUGUUUUGCAAUUAUUAGACUAUUUUGAGCAUAGGGGCCCCAACGGCUUGCACCUUUGUCUGGUUUUUCCAUUCAUGAAUUCUGAUGGUCAAGCAAUGACUGUUCCAGAACGGCCGCGCGACUCAUAUUAUCCGGCUAAUAUACUUUUCACUGUGAACUCUGAGUCGUCAAGCAAAAUAUUGACCGAGCCUGAACUCACCUAUGUUCAAUGGCUCCCUGGAAUUGAAGAUGAUAAUAGUGCACCACGGUAUCUGGUGACCUCGCAACGUCCCCGCGGAAUGUUAGACGACGUAGCGUUCUCAGCGCUUAUAGAUAUUGCUUCCCCUGUAACGCCUGUGGCUUUGAGAGCACCCGAGUUACUACUCCAAUAUCCUUGGAAUCAGAAGGUGGAUAUAUGGGCUUUGGGCUGUCUGAUAUUUCAACUCACUACAAACGAAGCGCUCUUCCCGUUAGAAUGUUUUGGUUGCACUAAAGAUGAAGUUAACGGGAUUUUGCGAUCUCUCAUGAAUGAUUUCUUCGAUGGUGGCAUUUCAAGAUUCACUAUGCAUAUUCGUGGGAAAAUACCGGCUGAUUUUGGCCAGGAUGAAUCGGAGAAUCUUGUCGACUUUCUUUGGGCAAUGUUACAAGAAUGUGCAGAAGCUCGAAAAUCAGCCGCCGAGCUUCUCAACCACCCAUUCAUCGUUGACUGA